GGAGACCUGUCAUGAUUGUUGGUUCGAAGCACGUCGCGGUGCGGCAUCGCAUCCGACGACACGCUUUCCAAGCCAUCAAGCAUCAGCAAAACUAUCCAUGGUCAUCAGCUGGGCGAAGACAUCUCAGCACUGACCUGACGCAUGAGCUACACCGUCCGCUGUCUCUUGCACAAGGAGGUGAAGCGAUUUUGCGAGAGAGCUCACCCAACAAGAAAGUCGUGCAAAGCUUCCACGUUCAAACGCUGUGGCGCACUACCAGCCUACCCUUAAUGCACACCCAAACGUGGUCCGCUACUCCACCGGACUUUCCAUCGCGCCCACCUCUGCCUCGCCUCUAUGACCCAAAGGAUAUGCCGAGCGAGAAGGAGUUUCCUAUUCCGAUCGCCAUUUUGCACGCCCUGGCGCACAUCGAGCUCGGCGCCGUGGACAACUACUGGGACACAGUUGUCCGCUUUGAACCGUCGCAAUGCGAUGGCUUGUGUACCCUUCCACGCGACUUUUACGACGACUUUGUCAACGUUGCCUGCGACGAAGCGCGACACUUUGACCUGGUUCGUCGCCGCCUGGAAGAGCUCGGAUCGUUCUACGGGCAGCUCCCUGCACAUCGAGCCCUGUUAUCCCAUGCAAACAACACUCAGAAUUCCCUUGCGUCUCGGUUGGCCGUGAUCCCGCUGGUGCAAGAAGCGCGCGGACUGGAUGCUGGACCACGACUCGUUCACAAACUGAAGUCGAUGGGCGAUUCCGUGUCAGCAGACGUUGUUGCGCAAAUCGUAUUCGAAGAGCGCGGCCACGUGUCCUGUGGGAUGAAAUGGUUUAAGCAUCUGUGCGCGGCGACAGGGCGCGACCCUGUCGCGUAUUUCCACGAGCUGGUCAAAGAGAACUUUCCCGACGGCCUUCCUGGUCCGUUCGACUUGGAAGCCAGGCUUGCGGCCAACAUGGAUCCAGCAUGGUUCCAGCCGUUGGAGAUGCAAAAAAAGCCAACCCACCACCAACCGCCCCCACUAGCCACAACGUCCCCGUCAACCGCGACGCCACGAACCAAGAAGAACGGGUGGACUGUGUUAGUCGCCGGGAGUGUUUGGCCCGAGCGCACGUCGUCCGCCGCUGGUGUUCGCACGGCCGACAUGAUUGGCAUCCUGCUCGACGAAGGAUAUAAUGUCGUGUGCAUAUCUCCCAGUCGACUGAAUAGCCACGCCAAUUUGCUGACAGAAAUGGGAGCCACGUGCGUUCAAGUCGAUCCCAACACGGACACGUUCGCGUCGGUCAUGGCAUCGCUUCCCAUCCACGUCGCAAUCUUCGAUCGAUACAUCGCAGAAGAAAUGUACGGGUGGCACGUGGCCAAGCACAGCCCCCACGCCGUUCGAGUGUUGGAUUUGCAAGAUGUGCACUUUUUGCGCAAAGCACGCGAAUUCCACGUGUGCACAACAAAGGCAGACUUUCGCACGGCGCUCGACCCAUCGAUCGAUGUCGAACCCGUCGUGUCGGUGGUGCUGCGAGAACUUGCGUGCAUCCUUCGCUCCGACUGGACGGUGUACGUGUCGGAUUUUGAAAUAGAACUGCUCGUCCACCGCUUUGACGUACCACGGCACCACCUACGAAAACUGGACUACAUCGUGCGUCCCGACAAGCUGCUUCAGUACUCGUCGAAUUUUCAUGAUCGCCGACACAUUGCUGUCGUUGGAAGCUUCAAGCACUCGCCUAACGUAGACGGCCUGCACUGGCUCAAGGACAGUCUGUGGCCAUCCAUUCGACAAUCGGUGCAUCCUGACACAGAAUUGCACAUCUACGGCUCGUAUGCAUCGGCCAAAGCCACCAAAGCCCUCGAGCGCGGUCAUGACAACAUUCGCGUGAUGGGAUUUUGCAACGACGUGCACGACACUUUGGCCUGUUACCGAUUGAGCCUCGCGCCGCUGCGGUUUGGCGCAGGCAUCAAGGGAAAGAUCAUUGACAGUUGGGUGGCAGGGACGCCAGUGGUGUCGACGUCCGUCGGAGCGGAAGGAAUGAACUACUUGCCGGGCAAGUGGGGAGGUGCUGUAGCAGACACCCCUCGUGAAUUUGCGGAUCGUGUUGCCAAUCUGUACAACGAUGCCGAGACGUGGAAAGCUGCGCACGACCUUGGAAAGACACUGUGCCAGACGCACUAUGAUUUCAACGCGCAAAAGCAAAACUUGCUCAACAUUGUGUCGAGUGGCCAGCAAACCAACUGGGUCGGGCGAGUGCUGUGGUCGAACCAGUUUCGCGCGUCCGAGUUUAUGUCUCGAUACAUUCAAGAGAAGAACAAGAAUAAAGCAGCCGAAUAGGCAGCGCGCGCGCUCUCUCAUGCGUUCAUGAUGUCUGCAGCCAACGCUGUAUAUCGCCUCUACAACCCCCGCCACAACAACAACAACUCAGCACUUGCACACACGCCAACACCUGGUCAAGUACCUGCAGUUGCCCGAUUUCCAACUCCAAGUCGGGACCAUGCAGCGUGUUCGAUUCGUCUACACGAGCGUCACGAGGGCGACGGCCAUAGAGAACCACACGUGGAUGGGUGUCGUUACCGAUCCUGAGCAACCGAAUUUCGUCGGUCGUGAGCUUUGUGCCGUAGUACAAAUUUUCGAGCUUGACGAUGUGGCGCUUUAGCGUCGUGAUAUCUCUGGAAAACCCUUCCAUGUCGAGA